AUGGCUGCCAGGAGAACCAUUCUCCUCGCCGUGGCUGCGAUGGCCGUCCUGAGCACCGCGUCAGCGGCAAUCUACAACGUGGGCGAGCCGAGCGGCGCAUGGGACCUCAACACCAACUACAACACUUGGGCGUCCUCUGGGAACUUCCAAACCAACGACCAGAUCGUCUUCAAGUACUCCCCUCAGGCACACGACGUCCUCGAAGUCAGCAAGGCAGACUACGACUCUUCUAGCACCGCCAGCCCCGUCACCACCCUCAACUCCGGGAAUGAUGUUGUCACCCUCACCGCCACCGGCACCCGCUACUUCAUCUGCGGUUUCCCUGGUCAUUGUGCGGGCGGCAUGAAGGUUAAGAUUGAUGUCAUGCCUAGCUCCUCCUCUACGUCACCCGCCCCGGCCAGCGGCCCAAGUGCAACCAACGCGCCCCCGCCGACACCUGUCUCCACUACCACCAAUGUAGAGGCCACCGGGUUUGGCCUCACCAUUUUGCUUUCCGUUGUCGGCCUCAUGGCUUGA